UUCACCACCAACUAAAUUCCUAUUAACGUCCAAAGAAAACCCAUUUGAGGCUCAAACCCACCAAUCCAACCAAACCACCCACACACUCAACGAAAGCUUUGGGCUUUCUACAGAUGGCGGUAAUGGAAGAAUCGGUGGUAAAGUGGGAGAUUUCGCCGCCCAACACUUAUGGAGCGGUGGUUCUCGGCGGUACCUUCGACCGAUUACACGACGGUCACCGUCGUUUCCUCAAGGCAUCGGCAGAGCUCGCAAAGGAUCGAAUUGUGAUCGGAGUUUGUGACAAGCCCAUGUUGACAAAUAAACUGUAUGUUGAAUUAAUACAACCCAUUGAGGAAAGGAUUCGUAAUGUUGAAGAUUAUAUAAAGUCUAUAAAACCAGAGCUCACUGUGCAAGCUGAGCCAAUCAAGGACCCUUAUGGCCCUUCUAUAGUUGAUGAAAAUUUGGAAGCUAUAGUGGUCAGUAAGGAGACUUUACCAGGUGGAGUUUCAGUCAAUAAAAAGAGAGCUGAAAAAGGGCUUUCACAACUAAAGAUUGAAGUGGUGGAUCUGGUUUCUGAAGGUUCUAGUGGAGAUAAGCUUAGUUCAACAACAUUGAGAAAACUUGAGGCUGAGAAGGCCAAGAAUCAGCAAGAAACUAUAGCCAGAGAUUCUAUUACUACUGCUCCUACAACCACUCCAGAAGGAAUUGGAAAUGGCUCAAAAAUUUAAUGUCUUUUGGGUGAUUAAGGCUUUGAGAAAUGACCAUGAAAACCAAGCGUUUUACUUUGGAAUUCUUCAAAAGUUUGUAUUGCCUUGUCAUAAUGUUCAGCCAUUUAUUCUCUAAAUCAUUAAAAUUGAUAAAUUUGUAUUU